AUGGUACCUGCCCUGGCCUGCCCUGCUGAAAAGGCCAAGCGUGGAGCCGAGGCCAAGACCAGGGCCAGCGAGGCCGAGACCAGGGCCAGCGAGGCCCAGACCAUGGCCAGCGAGGCCGAAGCCAGGGCCUCCAUAGCCGAAGCCAGGGCCUUCGAAGCCGAAGCCAGGGCCUUCGAAGCCGAAGCCAGGGCCUUCGAAGCCGAAGCCAGGGCCUUCGAAGCCGAAGCCAGGGCCUUCGAAGCCGAAGCCAGGGCCUCCGACGCCGAAGCCAGGGCGUUCGAUGCCGAAGCCAGGGCCUCCGACGCCGAAGCCAGGGCCUUCGAGACCGAAGCCAGCGCCUCCGAGGCCGAAGCCAGGGCAGGGCCUUCAAAGACUGAGGACGCGGAGGCCAGGGCCGAGGUGGCCGUGGCCAGAGCGGAGGAGGCCACGACCAGGGCGGGGAAGGCCGAGGCCAGGGCGGAGGAGGCCGAGGCCAGGGCGGAGGAGGCCGAGGCCAGGGCGGAGGAGGCCGAGAUGAAGGUCGUCGAGGGCAAAGCACAGAUGGCCUUCAUGCUCGACGAUCUUCUCCCUGCUUUGGAACGUAUGACCAAAUUUACAAAUAUCUGGAAACUCCCAGGUUAUAUCAGUCCUUUUAUGACUAGCUAUAGAUGGUGA